UCCAAAGCUUUGUGUGGAAAACAUCGAAACUUCAUCCACCCCACAACAACUACCCACAUUGUUAUUAUCUGUAUACAUAAUAUACACUUUAUAUACAAAAGUAGUAUAGAACCCUUUGUUGCAUUUCCAGUUUCUUGUUUCAUACAUGGCUUCCACUGCUUCAGGAUCGGCUAUUAUGGCCCUUAAAACAUCGGGAAUUACAAAGGCUGACAAAUGUGACAACAAAAUCUGUCAUUUCCAGCAAUCAUUUUUGUGGCACCCCAAAAACUACUCAAACUUGCAAUGCAGAUCAAACAGCAAAAACUCAUUUUCCUCUGUUGUAAAAGCACAAGCUGUCACAGUUGAACAAGCAGCGGCUCAAGUCACUCCUAAAACUGAGGCUCCUGUUGUUAUCGUUACUGGAGCUUCCAGAGGUAUUGGUAAAGCAAUUUCAUUGGCUCUGGGGAAAGCUGGAUGCAAGGUUCUUGUUAAUUAUGCAAGGUCAUCAAAGGAGGCUGAAGAGGUUUGCAAAGAGAUUGAGGCAUGUGGCGGCCAGGCUCUUAGAUUUGGUGGAGAUGUUUCAAAAGAAUCAGACGUGGAAGCUAUGAUAAAAACUGCAGUUGAUGCAUGGGGAACCGUAGAUGUUUUGAUAAAUAAUGCAGGUAUUACCAGAGAUGGUUUAUUAAUGAGAAUGACUACCAAACAGUGGCAAGAUGUUAUUGAUCUAAAUCUAACUGGCGUAUAUCUCUGUACACAGGCGGCAGCCAAGAUUAUGAUGAAGAAGAAAAAGGGUAAGAUAAUCAAUAUAACAUCAGUAGUUGGCCUUGUUGGCAAUUUUGGGCAAGCUAACUAUAGUGCAGCAAAGGCUGGUGUUAUUGGUCUGACAAAAACUGUGGCCAAAGAAUACGCAAGUAGAAAUAUUAACGUGAAUGCUAUUGCCCCUGGGUUCAUCGCAUCCGAUAUGACUGCUAAGCUAGGGGAUGACAUCGAGAAAAAGAUUUUGGGGCAAAUCCCAUUAGGAAGGUAUGGUCAACCAGAAGAAGUUGCUGGACUCGUGGAAUUCUUGGCCAUUAAUCCAGCGGCAAAUUACAUCACCGGCCAGGUUUUGACUAUUGAUGGGGGUAUGGUGAUGUAAGAGGUUUUAGAAAAGUACAACCUUUUGAUCCCUCUUCAGCCAAAUGAAUGGUUGUUUACAAUUUUAGGUCAAAUGAACCAAGGUUUUUGUGUACCCUAUACUUCAGAUGAUCAUGAAAUAAAUUAGUACACUUGAAAUAGUCUUCUUGAGAUUUUGUAUUGAAAAAGAGUGUGGUGGGAACAGUUCUUUAUGUAGCUAUCAUCAGAAUUGUCUUUAGUUCAAGGAGUCCGCAAUUUAAAUGACCCAAAAAGUGGGAUUUGAGACCAAAAUAA